CGUUGCUUCCUCUUUCGUCGGCUCGGCUCCCGCUCGGACGCGCCGCGAGCGCCUUUCCCCGGAGAUUCCAUCCAAAGCCACCCCAAACCCAUCCGCCGAGCGCUUCUGCGAAGCAUUGGACUGUUCCGGGAGCCGCGCUGGAAAGCGGGGUCUGAUUGGGUCGGCGAUGAGGGGUGGCGGCGCCUCCGCCUCGGGCGCGGGCCACCAGCGAUGGGGCGGCUCGGCGGGGACGACGCCGCGGUCGCUCAGUACGGGCUCCUCGCCGCGCAGCUCCGACGACGGGGAGGAGCUGGUCGAGGUCACGCUCGACCUCCAGGACGACGACACCAUUGUGCUUCGGAGCGUCGAGCCGGCCGCGGCGGCGGCGGCCACAGGGGCGCUGAGGCUGCCGCUGGCGACGCGCGGGGAGCACGGGGCCGGCCCGUCGUCGCGUUCGCGCUCGCCGUCGAUCAGGCGGACCUCGUCGCACCGGCUGCUGCAGUUCUCGCAGGAGCUCAAGGCGGAGGCCAUGUCCAUCGCGCGCCAGUUCUCGCAGGACCUCACCAAGCGGUUCAGCCGCACCCACAGCCGCGCGGACGGGCAGCCGCAGUCGGGCAUCGAGUCCGCCCUCGCCGCACGUGCCGCGCGACGGCAGCGCGCGCAGCUCGACCGCACUCGCUCCGGCGCGCACAAGGCGCUCCGCGGCCUCCGCUUCAUCAGCAACAACAAGACCAACAACGCCUGGAUGCAGGUGCAGGCCAACUUCAACCGCCUCGCCUGCGACGGCUUCCUCUCUCGCGCCGACUUCGCAGAAUGCAUAGGGAUGACGGAAUCGAAGGAGUUCGCGCUUGAGCUGUUCGACACAUUGAGCCGUCGUCGGCAGGUGCAGGUCGACAAGAUCAACAAGGAGGAACUGCGGGAGAUCUGGCAGCAGAUCACGGACAACAGCUUCGACUCCCGCCUCCAGAUCUUCUUCGACAUGGUUGAUAAGAACGCGGACGGACGGAUUGGGGAGGAGGAGGUGAAAGAGAUUAUUCUGUUAAGCGCAUCUGCCAAUAAGCUGGCGAGGCUUAAGGAGCAAGCUGAAGAGUAUGCCGCCUUGAUCAUGGAAGAGCUUGAUCCCGAAGGACUUGGCUACAUCGAGCUGUGGCAGUUGGAGACACUUUUAUUGCAGAAGGACACCUACAUGAACUACAGUCAGGCCCUAAGUUACACAAGUCAAGCACUAAGCCAGAACCUAGCUGGGAUAAGGAAAAAUAGUCCAAUUCGCAAGCUAAGCACCACGUUGAGCUACUACUUGGAAGAUAAUUGGAAACGCCUGUGGGUGCUUGCACUGUGGAUAGGGAUAAUGGCUGGCCUUUUCACCUGGAAAUUCAUGCAGUAUCAAAACCGGUAUGUCUUUAAUGUGAUGGGAUACUGCGUGACAACUGCAAAAGGUGCUGCUGAAACCCUGAAGCUGAACAUGGCAAUUAUCCUCCUGCCAGUAUGCCGGAAUACCAUUACUUGGUUGAGAAAUACAAGAGCUGCACGAAUAUUGCCAUUUGAUGACAAUAUCAAUUUCCAUAAGACUAUUGCAGCAGCAAUUGUAGUUGCUAUAAUCCUCCAUGCAGGCAACCACCUCGUAUGUGAUUUUCCACGGCUUAUAAAUUCAUCUAAUGAGAAGUAUGCUCCUCUGGGCCAGUACUUUGGGGAAACAAAGCCAACAUAUUAUGCGCUGGUCAAAGGAAUGGAGGGCAUCACUGGUGUUAUCAUGGUUGUGUGCAUGAUUAUUGCUUUUACUUUAGCAACCCGGUGGUUCCGCCGUAGCCUGGUGAAGCUUCCAAAACCAUUCGACAAACUGACUGGCUUCAAUGCCUUCUGGUACUCUCAUCAUUUGUUCAUUAUUGUGUACUUGGCGCUCAUUCUUCAUGGUCAGUACCUGUACCUCAUUCAUGUCUGGUACAGAAAAACGACGUGGAUGUAUUUGGCGGUGCCUGUUUGCUUGUAUCUAGGGGAGAGGGUGCUAAGGUUCUUCAGGUCUGGCAGUUAUUCUGUCCGGCUAUUGAAGGUGGCCAUAUAUCCUGGUAAUGUGUUGACGCUGCAGAUGUCCAAGCCUCCCACUUUCCGUUACAAGAGCGGGCAAUAUAUGUUUGUUCAAUGUCCAGCAGUGUCACCCUUUGAAUGGCAUCCGUUCUCAAUUACUUCAGCACCUGGGGAUGACUAUCUCAGCAUUCAUGUUCGACAACUUGGCGACUGGACACGAGAGCUCAAAAGGGUAUUUGCAGCAGCUUGCGAACCCCCGGUGGGUGGUAAAAGCGGCCUUCUUAGAGCAGACGAGACAACCAAGAAAACCUUACCGAAGCUUCUGAUUGAUGGACCUUAUGGUUCACCUGCUCAGGAUUACAGCAAGUAUGAUGUUUUACUACUUGUUGGAUUAGGAAUUGGUGCAACACCUUUCAUCAGCAUACUGAAAGAUCUGCUCAACAAUAUCAUCAAAAUGGAGGAAGAGGAGGAUGCUUCUACUGAUCUUUAUCCUCCAGUUGGUCCGAAUAAGCCACACAUUGAUCUGGGCACACUUAUGACAGUCACCACAAGACCAAAGAGGGUUCUAAGGACCACGAAUGCUUACUUUUAUUGGGUUACGCGUGAGCAAGGUUCUUUUGAUUGGUUCAAAGGAGUCAUGAAUGAGAUUGCUGAACUGGAUCAAAGGAAUAUCAUUGAGAUGCACAACUACCUCACGAGUGUUUACGAGGAAGGGGAUGCUCGGUCGACACUCAUCACCAUGCUUCAAGCUUUGAACCAUGCCAAGAAUGGUGUUGACAUUGUCUCUGGAACUAAAGUCCGGACACACUUUGCAAGACCAAACUGGCAAAAGGUCCUAGUUAAAAUUGCCUCCAGGCAUCCAUAUGCCAAGAUAGGUGUAUUCUACUGUGGAGCUCCGGUCCUUGCACAAGAACUAAGCAAACUGUGCCACGAAUUCAAUGGGAAAAGCACCACGAAAUUCGAGUUUCACAAGGAGCAUUUCUGAAUUGAAGGAAAUAAUUGGUGGGAAACAAGGAUAGGAUAUGUUACGUGUAUAGCAUUUUUGUCUUCGUAUAUCCAUCUCUAUGAAGAACAUGGGAGAACAAGGUGGGGAGAGGCGGUCAUCAAGUGUUCAACAGUUGCUGCCCGGCACUUCUUGCUGGUGGCUGCUUUCAAAUGAAUAAGAGCAGCAACAAGAGGGAUCUUGUGUACAGUCAUGCAACGUCCAUCGUGGCCUAUGCAGCAUGGACCCCCAACGCCCAGCGGAACUGAGGAGAUUCCUCCCAGAUGGUCUCCAAUGUACAGAACCAACAAGAAAACCUUGAGCUCAUUAAUUUAGUUGGAAUUAUAAGUAGGAUGAUAUAGAUCAUAGGAGAACUGUAUAUUUGCCAUGCAGCUGAGUGUCUGGCUAAGGCCAGAAGCACGUGUUUACGUUUGUAUUUACACAGAGAAGGAAAACAAAAAAAAGAGGGGUAAACACUAAAAAGGCCAGAAGCACGUGUUUACGUUUGUAUUUGCACAGUGUUACUGGUAGUUUACAGGCAGGGAGCGUCACCUGCAUUCAGGUCUUAUUUGUCCUGAAAAUUCA